AUGCAAUUCACAGCAGCCCUCCUCUCCAUUGUCUCCGUGGCCAGCGCCAUCACUGUCUCCUACGAUCCAGGCUACGACAACGGCGGCCGCUCCCUGGCCUCAGUAUCCUGCAGCGACGGAUCCAACGGCCUAAUCGACAACUUCGAUGUCCAAUCCAAGAUUCCCACAUUCCCCCGCAUCGGCGGCGCGUACGUCAUCGAGGGCUGGAACAGCGCCAACUGCGGCACCUGCUGGCGCCUGACGUACAAUGGCAAAUCCGUCGACAUUCUCGCCAUUGACAGAGCUAGCGAUGGCUUCAACAUUGCUCAAGCUGCAAUGGACCAGUUGACCGGUGGACAAGCCGUGGCUCUGGGCCGUAUCGACGCGCAGGCCCAGCAACUCCCUGCCUCGAGCUGUGGACUCAAGCAUACCUACUAG